UCUUGUUACAAAAACAAACAGACAGUGUGUGUAAAAGUAUUACUUACUCCAGAACUAAACAUGGCAUUCAAGAUUGCUUGUGUACUGUUGACGUUGGCUGUCGCCUGCUACGGCAUGCCUCACUACGGCGGUGGCCCCGGUAACGGCGGAUACAACCAGGGAGGCCAGGGUGGAUUCGGACAAGGACAGGGUGGAUUCGGCCAGGGAGGACACAGCGGACAAAGUGGAUUCGGUGGUCCUCAGGGCGGCUUCGGUGGUCCUGGAUCACAAGGUGGCCACGGACAGGGAGGAUUCGGACAAGGUGGUCACGGACAACAAGGAUUCGGUCAGGGUGGUCACGGACAACAAGGAUUCGGUCAGGGUGGUUUCGGUCACCAAUCCGACCAAGGAUACGGCCAGGGUGGUCACGGACAGCAGGGCUUCGGUCAGGGCGGUCACGGACAACAGGGCUUUGGUCAGGGCGGUCACGGACAACAGGGUUUCGGUCAGGGAGGUCAAGGACAACAGGGUUUCGGCCAGGGAGGUCACGGACAACACCACGGAGGCUACCAGGAACACGGCUACUAAUUUGGGACUAUUGAGCAAUUGUAUUAUCGAUAUGUGUUGAUCAACUGAACUAAAAAACUUUCAUAAAAAUGAUUUUUAAAUAAAUGUUUAAUCACAAUAA